AUGACUUACCUCAAGGACAGCUACCAGCGGUUUCUGGCCAGCCCCAAGAAUGCCCCCGUGGCCGCCGAUGCCUCGCUGAUCUACGUCCCCACCACUACCACGUUCGAGGGCGCCGACGCGAUCGCGACCCAUGCGUCGCGACAAGCCAGCAUCGUUAAGAAGAAGUCCGAACAGAUCAUCAAUGCGGUCGAGAGCUCCGACGCGUUGUGCUUAGACGUCGAGACCACUCUGGAGUUCCUGGAGGGCGGCGGGGCGUAUCUCCCCUCGCUCGAUGAUAAUUUCCUGGCUGACCGCGUCGUGACCUUCCCCACGGUCCACAUCGUCCACUUUAACGCCGAACACCAAAUUCAACAGGUCCGCAUCUACUGGGACCAGGGCUCGCUGCUGAAGGAGGUGGAGGUAAUUGGCGCGCGCGGCCGUUCCUGGCCAAUCCGCCAAGCGCACGAGCAGAUCCGUCUGCUUAAGUCCGCUGCAAAAGCGAAAUCCGCCGCGCCAGCCCUCGCCCACUCCCACGAUGGCAGCAACAACCUGCCUCCAAGACCCUCGUCGCCAGGCAAGCGACAUAUGAAGGACCCUUACGCCGCCGACUCGCUCUUUGAUCUCCUCUCUCCUCAGAAGGGCGAGAAAGAACCGGAGCAUGACGAUAUCCCGAGACCUUCUUCUCCUGGCAAGAGACACACCCGUGACCCUUAUGCCGCUGCCUCCUUGACCGAGCUGUUGUCGCCCAGUAAGGAGGACAACAAAGAUUCUCGGCGCUCAUAUGCUCGCUCAGCUGCCCAGCCUGCCCCCCGACAGUACGGUGAGCUGUUUGUCGGAGACGACGAGGAGAUGCCUGGCACGCCUUCAAAGUCGGAGAAAGCGAUUGCUCCCAAGGCUGGCUCCAACUUCCAGGGCAGUCGGAUCUUCGAAGACUACACCCCCACAGACGAGCGUGCCCCGUACAAGACCAACCCUCUGAAGUUCAACCACUUCGAGAUUGGCGCCGUGGAUCCGGAGAUCAAGGAGGAGCCCAAGCGCGGCAAGUCGCGCAACCAGGCGCAGUGGGACUUCGGCGACUUCGCCACCCCGCAAAAGCCCGCGCGUUCCCAGAAUGCCGAGCCCACCAGUCAUUUCGGCUUCAGCGAUGACAAUGCGGAGGCCGAAUCCCCUCCCUCUCGACCAGCCGUGCCCAAGCCCCGCCGCGAUGCGGAUGUGCACUUCGACAUGACGGACGACAGCGAGGACGAGGAGGACGACCGCAUCGUCCAGAAUCCCGACAAGGGCCUGUAUGAGAACCGGCUCUUCGACGAGGAGCGGCUCUAUAACGCGAACGGCUCGUCCCAGCCCACCAAGGGCGGGGACCAGAAGCAAGAGCCCCUCUUGGUGGGUGGCAACAACGCCCACCGCAAGAAGGACUUCGACCCCCACUGGGAGAUGACCGACGUCUCGCCCGCGCCUAGCAAGUCCAGCAGACAGACCCCGCGGCCCAUGGCCUCAGACCGCGCCCAGGCCGUCAAAAUGAUGGAGUCGUCGUGGGACAACUACGACCAGUCCCCUGAGCCCAUUCGCACUGCUACCUCGCUGCACAAUCCGUCCCGCCACAACCAGCCUAGCUGGGCCCAUGGCGAUCACGAGUAA